UGUUCCUUCAAUUCUUCGUCCAUCGACAACCUGGAUGUUGAUUGUGAGAUGUUAGUAUCAUGUAUCGCAUGUUACGAGUACAAGACAAAUAUCCAUCCCAGUAAUACCAUCUACGCAUGAAGCCUCCAAUAUUGGCGACAGAGACAAGAAGCCACGGGCGGCACAGGAUGCCUGCUUAACACUGAACACAACCUCAAUAUCAAUCAUCUCGAUUAUAUGAACCUGUUUGAUUCUCGACACCAUCAGAUUAACUCGACCUUAAAAUGACAACAGACUUCGCAGCCCUCACGGGCAAAUUUCGCGCCAACCUCGAAUCUUCGGCCAAUGGAGGCAACAAAAUCAAUAAGCGAAACAGGCAGCCGUUAUCGUGUGCGCCAUGCCGAUCCAAAAAGCUCAAAUGUGAUCGUGGCCAUCCCUGUGAAACAUGUAUCAAAAAGGGCGACAUCGAAAGCUGCACAUACGGUAAAGCAACCGUCGCGCCAUCAAAAUCCGACUUCAGCAGCACCAACAGCACCACCAAUGGCGUCAACAACAGUCGUGGAAGAGCCCAAGAAAGGCUUCGUCAUCUCGAACAGCUCGUCAUGCAAAUGGUCGACAAUAACGGCGCCGCAUCUCUACUGCCAUCCAACCCAAACACCAUUCGCUCCGACACGACCAUGAACACGGACUCGAAUGCCAGCAUCGCCAAUGAAGGCCAAUUCCACCUCGAAAACGCCACCGAGUCCCGCUACGUCGGCUCGACUCACUGGUCCGCCAUCCUGCAAAACAUCCAAGAACUCAAAUCAGCCUUACACGUCAGCCCUGGCUCUGAAGAGACUCACGUGUCUGUAGCCAGCAGUGGCAGUGGUGGUGACGGGCCCAGUCAACCCGACGAUGUUGUAGACGACACCACACUCGAUAGCGACCCGCCUGAGCAUGAGGAGGAAACCCUCUUCGCCGCCCCAUCCGGACUGACAAUUUCCCACAUCCUCUCGACCUCUCUGCCAUCACGCGAACAAGUGGACCGGCGUCUCUCGACCUACUUCAACAGUACGUACAUGGUGAUACCGUUCAUCCACACGUGGGAGUUUCAACACCGGUACGAAGCCUUCUGGGCCAACCCCUUGGACACGUCGCCGUUCUGGCUGAGCAUUUUGUUCUGCAUAUGUUGCAUGUCCGCCACGCUAUCAGAGGCCGUGGGCACCGAACCACCCACGCCGGACGACGGGCCCUCGCCGCGGUCGACGUUCCUCAGCGCGAGCCGUCAGUGUCUGCGGUUGGGCGGCCUGACUCGAUUGAAGCGUUUCGGCAUAGAAGCCUUCGCCCUGUACACGCAGUGUCUGUACAUCCAGACGCUCGACCCGUCCGGCGAGACGGCACUGAUCUGGGCCAUGCUCGUCCGCCAGGCGUACAGGGGCGGCUACCACCGAGACAGCAGCCACUUUGCGUCCAGCUUCACCGUGUUCGAGGCCGAAAUGCGGCGUCGCGUCUGGGCCAUGCUGCGGCAAUUCGACCUGAUGAUUUCGUUCCAGUUGGGUCUACCCAACCAGAUCCCCCCUGGCAGCUGGGACACGCAGGAUCCCCGAAAUCUGUUGGAUGCCGAUUUCGACGAGUCUUCGACCGAGCUGCCGCCCGGCCGUCCCGAGACCGAAGCGACACAGAUCCUCUACUUCAUCGUCAAGUCCCGACUGAUGACGAGUUUUGGCAAGGUGACGGCUCACUCUCUGUCCUUCCGCGACGUGAGCCAGGCCGACGUCAUGGCGUUGGACCGCGAGGUGCGAGCCGUCCACGCCACGGUCCCCGACAUCUUGCGGAUCCGGCCCAUGAGACAAUCUUUCGCCGACCCGGCCUAUCUGGUCAUGGUCCGGUUGAACUGCGAGUUCUUGUUUCAAAAGUCCCUUUGCGUCCUACACAGAAAGUACAUGACCAUGACCGACCCCGUCACGGGCGAGUACAGUUUCCCGGAGAGCAUCACCGCUUGCGUCGACGCGGCCUCGGCCAUCAGCCGACACAUGCUCGACCUCCACAAGGAGUUCAAGCCGGGGGGUCAGUUGUACGACGGUAGGUGGAUGUUGAGCAGUUUCACAAUGAACGACUUCUACCUCGCCAGCAUCGUCCUGUGUCUGGCGGUCAGUACCUGGAAGAACCGUCACCCGGGGCGCAAUGUAGAGGUCGACGCCGACCAGCGCACCAAGGACGUUUACGCCUUGUUGGGGUCCGCCUUCACCAUCACGGUCGACUUGAGCCCGACGAGUCGAGAAGCGAGACGAGUCUCGGACGUUCUCAGGGUCGUGCUCGACGGGGUUGGUACGGCGACAACUCGAAAGAUGACGAGCACGUUGCAACAUCGAUCCAGAAAUCGAUCAAUUACAAGAGUUGCCGGUUCAGAUGACGACGCCGCCGCCGCCGCCGGUUCGACAUCGCAGAGGGUAUCUGCCGAUUGUCUGUUUCCUUCCACGGAAUUGACAAGGAAACAAUUUGGAGAGUGGCCUCAGCUUCAUCAACAGCAACGACGGCAACAAGAUGACAAGAAUGGACAAGGUCAACAAAAUGUAUUUGUCGACGUUCACGAAUUUAAUCUCACUCCGUUGUCAUUAAGUGAGAAUGUGUCACAACAACAGCAGCACCAGCACCAGCACCAGCACCGGCACCGGCAGCAGACGCAACAACAAGAAACAAAACCCACAGAUGAUUGGACUUUGAGUCCCAAUCGAUUCAGUUCUACAUUGCCAUUUCAGCUUGCUUUCCAGACGACCCCCGGAGGAGGGAUGUCACAAGGAAACGGUACGGGCGGCGUUAAUACGGUGUCGUCUUCGUCAGAAUACACUUCCAUCGGUACCACCUCGAGUACGAGUCAUACUACGAACGGACCCGAUACGUUCAUGACGACGACAGAUACAAAUACAAACACAAAUACAAACCUGAACAUGAAUCCCAUGAACAUGGACAUCGAUUGGGCUUUCUUGGACCAGUGGAUGGCGGCCCCCAACGAUACGACGACCAUGCCCAUCUCUGGAGGGGAUCAGGAUUGGAUGAAUUCCGAGUUUAGAUUUCCGAGUUGAGGACACCACCUGGCUAGGUAAAUAAAGAUUACGACCAUUCAACGAUUCAAUCAAUUUCAAAUCAUGGCCAACACGGAAAUAUAAUAUUAUUCUCAACAUUGGCAUUCAUGAAGAGAACCAAGGACGGCGAAACUAUCAAGGGGUAUCAUGCUGGC